UAUGGAAGCUCCUUUCGACGAGAAAAUAAAUGUUGUAUACCUCGACGAAAGUCGCAGAACUCCUGUGCAUCGUGCUGCUCUGGAUGGUAAGCACGAACAGGUGGAAGAAAAAGUACGAGUCGCCUCUGGACUGGAUGACCAAGAUGAACAAGAAAGGACCCCACUGCAUCAUGCGACCGAACACGGACACAGGAAAGUUUGCCACACUCUGUUACAACAUGGCGCUAACUCUUCUAUUAAGGACAGAGAACACUGGACACCACUAAUGAGUGCAUCAGACCUGGGCAAGGAACAGUCGUGCCAAGAUAUACUCACUGUUAAUCCCGAGACUGAUGACGUGAACAUGGAUGGAGAAACAGCAUUGCAUAUUGCGUGUAGGAGAGGACAUGUGGGUGUUGUCAACCUGCUAAUGGAUUACGGGGCAAGUUUGAAUGUUUGUAACAAAGAUGGUGUAACGUGUUUUGAGACAGCCGCCAGGGCAGGAAGGGGCGAAGUUGUGUUUGCAAUGAUAAAGCAUAAAAGAUGGAUGGAAAUAAUGGAACACAAGGAUAAGAAGGGCCUUACCCCCAUGAAGCUUCUCAUAAAACACUUCCCAGAGAGUGCACAGCUGGUCAUGGAUUACUGCAUUGAUCGAUCAGAGACAGAAAGUUCCGAUGAUCCAAAUUUUACCGUUACUUGCAACCUCCGUUUCCUAGACCCCAGUCCUACUCACACUACUUGCCAGAGAGGAAGCCGUUUCUUUGGACCGAGCACCAUGGUGAAACACGAGCGUAGAGAAUUACUCGAUCAUCCUUUGACACAGGUCUUGCUGAAUAAGAAGUGGUCUUCUUUCGGGCGCUUGGUGUUCUACUUUAACUUUAUGUUCUAUUUUGUCUUUGUUGUCAUGAUUACAGCUUUCUUAAUCCGAUUCAUGCAGAACGGUGACAAAGAAUUGGGAGAUUAUUUUAUUUAUAUAUAUCCAAUAGCAUUUUUACUUAUAGGCGUCCAGUUCACCAAGGAAGUUAUUGCAAUACUUGUCCAGAGGCUUCAGUAUUUCACCACUUUAAGCAAUCUCACUGAAUGGUUACUCUACAGUACGACGACUUCAUUCAUGGUGUCACUUUUCAUUUUCGAUCUGGUAUCUUCGUUUUGCCGCCUCGAGAAGUGUGAUACUGUUUACCCACAAUUCAUCUGGGUGUUGGGUGCCAUUUCGAUUUUCCUUUGCUAUGCGAACCUAGUCUUGGUUCUUCGUCGGUUGAGUCUGGUUGGAAUCUAUGUCACCAUGUUUAUAGAGGUCACUAAGUCGGUUUUAAAAGUACUUCUGAUCUUCUUUGUCUUGUUCUUUGGGUUCUCCAUGGUGUUCUACGUCCUCUUUAAAUCAGAGUCUCUCGUACUUCCUCCACAGGAGUCGGUAUUUAAGCAUCUUGGAUUUGCCUUACUGAAGGUGACAGUGAUGACAAUUGGAGAGGUUGACUUUGAAGGAAGAUUCAUGCGUUCCCAGAAUAUCACAAACGAGCCGACGUCUUCUCAGAUAGCUUCUUUCGUUUUCCUCGGCUUGUUCUUGAUUUUAAUGACAAUUGUACUGAUGAACCUGCUGGUGGGUCUUGCCGUGGGUGAUAUCGACGCAAUCCGCCGCAAUGCUGCGUUUAAAAGAAUGGCUAUGCAGGUCAUGUAUAUCGCCAAGGUCGAAAACAGCUUCCCGAGGUGCAUCUCGCGGCGUUUUCGCCAUCCAGAAGUAACUUUGCAGCCAAAUCGUCGAACUCUGAGGAAGAGGUUGAUGCUUCUUCUUGGAAUGAAGACAUCUUCGGGCUUGGACUUUACUCCUCGCGCCAAAGAAGAACCGUCCCCCGGUGUAGUUUUGGAUUAUACUGAGAUUAAGAAAAAGCUUGACCUUACUGAGAAACGCGUGGAAACAUUGGUUGAUACGAUGGAGGCGCAAAACGCUCUGCUCAGAGAAUUAGUAAAAAAGAUUGAUCCUGGGACCAAGAUGAACGAGAAGAGCAUGGAAAUGGAAGGACCGACUGUGGAACAGGAGUAUGGGAGCACAUCAGCUUCAGGAGAGAAAUGGAUCCUUGACGACCAGCAGCCACAUGAGAUUAAAACACAACCACACUUGUAUAAUUGUGGAAAGAUUACUAACGUUUAGUUAUAUUGAGCAGUGAAAUACUAUCCUAUACUUGUACCAGUGUCAGGUGUGAACACAGCGUUUUCAAUCACGCGGAGAGCGGCUAUGCAGAUGUAUAGAAAGAAAGAAAGAAAUAUCUGCAACGUGGGUGCGAGUGUGCGCUGGUUUAUCCAAAUAAGAAUGAGUAUGGUGAGUUGUUAUGACUGGUGACUGGUCCUACCCAUUUGCAGGGUCGAUGCAAUGCCGGAACAAGAAUGUUCGAGAAGAAUGGUUUCAGAGACAGAAAAAUUCUCUGUCAUAUGUGAAAGAGGAUUCACUUCCAUUUAUGCGUUCUUUUCAAAUUUCAUGUCGCCGUUGAUAGAAGCAAUUGAUGUUAAUGAUAAUGCAUGCGAACAUUUUGGGCAUGCUUAUAUUUGCACUAAUGUAGCACUAUCAAACAGCCCCAAAGAUUUAUCGAUUUCAUAAAUUCCAACUUUUACUCUCUCUCCCGAUUUGCUUGAUAAAUUUAGGCGACAAAUUUUAGAAUUGGUCGCGCAAAACAGAAGUAUGGUUUCCCUGCACUAACUAGUAGGGGCUUGAUUAAUGCAGAAUAAUUAUUGAAGCUUAAAUCACUGUCAUCUUUUCUCCUGCUACACGUCAACCUGUUCAAUGGAAAAAAAUCCUCCUAAAAAUAAACGUUUUAUUGUAAAGCGCAUUAGAGCUUUA